UGAUUUAGACAUAGGCCCAUUCAUAAGCCCAAUAUCUAACCUAAACCUAAACCCUACAUAUAUAUACAUUUUCUCAACCUCACAUAUCAAUCGUGUAAGGAGACAGCACAGGACGCGAGGAACGCAGCGCAGCCAUGGGAAGAAGACCUGCUAGGUGUUACCGUCAAAUUAAGAACAAGCCAUAUCCAAAAUCACGAUUCUGUCGUGGAGUUCCUGAUCCGAAGAUCAGGAUUUAUGAUGUUGGCAUGAAGAAGAAGGGUGUUGAUGAGUUUCCUUUCUGUGUUCAUCUGGUCAGUUGGGAGAAGGAAAAUGUCUCAAGUGAGGCACUUGAAGCAGCUAGGAUUGCCUGCAACAAGUACAUGUCUAAGUUUGCAGGAAAGGAUGCAUUCCACUUGAGAGUCAGGGUUCAUCCAUUCCAUGUACUCAGGAUCAACAAGAUGCUUUCAUGUGCUGGUGCUGAUAGACUUCAAACUGGUAUGAGGGGUGCUUUUGGAAAGCCCCAGGGUGUUUGUGCUAGAGUGGCUAUUGGGCAGGUGCUUCUUUCUGUCCGUUGCAAAGACAACAACAGCCACCAUGCUCAGGAGGCCCUCCGUCGUGCUAAGUUUAAGUUCCCUGGCCGUCAAAAGAUCAUCGUUAGCAGAAAGUGGGGAUUCACAAAGAUCAAUCGAGCUGAGUAUCUUAAGUUGAAAUCUGAAAACAGAAUUAUGCCUGAUGGAGUUAACGCCAAGCUUCUUGGAUGCCAUGGACCAUUGGCCAACCGUCAACCUGGAAGAGCUUUUUUGAAUGCCAGCUGUAAUGAGGCUUAGGCUUGUCUGUUAUUUUGAAAUCUUAUUUUUUGGAUCUCUUUUGUUUUGCAAGUAUGAAUAUGAGGUUACUGUUUUGUUUGUACUUUAUGUUAAACUCAGUUCAGAUAGUUUCUGUUUUGAAGACAACCUUGAUUUGAUAUUAAUGUUAUAUUUUGUUAUGGUCGA